GCUGGAGAAGCCGCUGGAGAACGAUGCAGAGGGGGUGUGGAGCCCCGACAUCGAGCAGAGCUUCCAGGAGGCGCUGAACAUCUACCCGCCCUGCGGCCGGAGGAAGAUCAUCCUCUCUGACGAGGGAAAGAUGACGAAACGAGUUGAUAGCAAGAUACAUCAAACUCAGAACGGGGAAGUGGCGAACCAGGAAGCAGGUGUCCAGUCACAUCCAGGUGCUGGCCCGACGGAAGGCCAGAGACAUCCAGGUGAAGCUGAAGGACCAUGUGGCCAAAGACAAGGCCCUUCAGAGCAUGGCGGCCAUGUCCUCCGCCCAGAUCAUCUCAGCCUCCGUCUUCCAGAACACGCUGACCCUGCAGGAGCUUGCCCAGCCUGCCUUCCCAUCAGCCACUGGGUUUUGGCAUGGUGCUAUGCAGGGACUGCCUGGUUCUGAGGACAUCAAGCCCUUUUCACAGCAGAGCUACAGCCCAGCUCCUAUUACAGGCUAUGAGAGUGCAGCGGGCGUGUCCGUGCCCUCCGGCGCCUCCUGGCUGGCGCGCAGUAUCGCCACAUCCAGGUUCCGCAUGUUGGAGUUCUCCGCCUUCCUGGAGCAUCAGCUGGACCCCGAAAGCUAUAACAAACACCUGUUUGUGCACAUGGGCCAGUCCGGGCCCUCCUUCGGUGAUCCGUGCCUGGAAGCUGUGGACGUGCGGCAGAUCUACGACAAGUUCCCCGAGAAGGGGGGGCUGAGGGAGCUGUUUGAGAAGGGCCCGGCCGACGCCUUCUUCCUGGUCAAGUUCUGGGCAGACCUGGGCGGCAGCCUCCAGGAUGGGGGCUCCGAGUUCUACGGCAUGUCCAGUCUGUACGAGAGCUCGGAGAGCAUGACCAUCACCUCCUGCACCAGGGUCUGCUCCUUCAGCAAGCAGGUGGUGGAGAAAGUGGAGACGGACUGCGGCAGGCUGGAGAACGGGCGCUAUGUUUACCAGUUCCAGCGCUCGCCAUUGUGCGAGUACAUGAUCAACUUCAUCCACAAACUCCAGCACCUGCCCGAGAAAUACAUGAUGAACAGCGUGCUGGAGAACUUCACCAUCCUGCAGGUGGUGUCGAACAGAGACACGCUGGAGACCCUGCUCUGCGUGGCGUACGUCUUCGAGGUGUCCGCCAGCAAGCACGGCGCCCAGCACCACAUCUACAGGCUCGUCAGGGACUGAGGACUGAGAGAACCAUCUCCUGUCACCACGGCAACAAACUCCUCCCUCUGGGACGGCCAGCCGACCCUCUGUGUCAGUGUUAGGGGGCCCGUGUGCUGUGACUUUUGUGUCCUUACGUCGACAGGAAGUGCCACCAGUCAAAGCCAUGAGGGAACAUUCAUAGAGGGAAGUGAGUAUUGUGCCCGGAUGAGGGCGUGCUCAGACUGUGCUUUGGGAUGUUGUCACUGUCAUUUCAUUCUAUUUCAUUUUUAUUUUUUACUGAAGGAGGAAACUGUGAAACAAUGCAUGCACUGACUGUCUGUUAUUGUAUAUAAAUUUUCCCAGAAUCUCGGUUAAGAUUUCUGUUCUGCACAGUUGCAUGUGAGGGAGCAGCACGCUCACAGGUAACUGAGAAAAGAGGUCCCAAAGUGCCACCCAAUGGUGGUCAUGGCGAAUUACACCACAGCUGCAGUAAGGAGGCCACAAUGGGAUCGCAAGCUGCUAAAUUCUAUGCUUUCUGAAGCAGUCAGCGUGUUUGUUCCCUGUCUUUUCCCACUUCCCAAAUAAUGUGUGGCGUUCCAAAAAGCUCUAGCCGUCAGGGUCUAAUUACCAUAUAAAAGACCUUCAUCAUAAUUUUCCACAGUAAUGGGCAAAGCAUGAAUGUUUAAUGGAUUUGUUUUUCAGAUGUGAAAUUGUAUUUAACAUUUAAUGCCACUGAAUGAAAAUAAAAGUGAGCUGAGAUGGAACUA